AUGUAUGGGUCAUCAUACGUGUCUAAGUCGUUGGACCCAUCCGACUCGUCGGACCGUACGGGUCCUCGGGCCCAUCCUAGUGGUAGGACCCGUCCAAGUCUUCGGGCCCGUUUGGGUGUACGAGCCCGUUCGAAUGUUCGGACCCGUCGGGGUAUUCGGCCCCGUCUGAAUUUUUGGGCUCGUUCAGCUUGUCGGGCCCGUCCAGGUCGUCGGCCCCGUUCGGAUCAUCGAACCCGUCUAGAGUACUGGGCCAAUGACCUAGACGGGUUGGACCGGACCAUAUUGACGAACUUGACGGCACAAUCGUGCAGUAUGGGCCGCCAGGCCUCUAGAUCAUCGAGCCACCCAGCUUCAUUCUUGGCCAAUGCCUCAUAUUCUAGAAAGAGGAUUGUGCCAGCUUUUUACGUUUUUGGUGAUUCAACUGUAGACGCUGGAAACAACAACAAUCUCAACACACUUGCCAAGGCAAAUGCAUUUCCUUAUGGCAUUGACUUCAAUAAUUGUUCCACAGGAAGGUUUAGCAAUGGCAAAACCUUUGCUGACCUUAUUGCUAUCAGAUUGGGUUUGCCAAUGCCGCCUCCAUACUUGGGUGUGCCCAAGUCUGAGAGACAUAAAGCAGUCACAGGAAUUAACUAUGCAUCGGGAUCUUGUGGAAUCUUGAAUUCAACUAGAGUAGGAGAUUGUUUGUCUUUGGAUAAACAAAUUGAAUACUUCACCUUAACCGUGGCCAACGAUCUUCCAAGAAGCAUACAUAGCAAAACAAAACUAAGGCAUUACUUAUCCAAUUCCAUAUAUCUCUUAUCAAUUGGAUCUAAUGAUUACAUGUUGAAUUAUUUCAAGUACCCAAAUGGAACCAAUAACAAUCUAAAUCCAGAAAAAUAUGCAGAUUACCUACUUGAGCAAUUGGCUUCACGUAUCAAGAGAAUUUAUGAUCUUGGAGCUCGAAAGUUUGUGGUAAGUACAAUUGGUCAAAUUGGAUGCACACCAACAUGUGUUAUAAGGAUACCAUAUUCCCAAAAAUGCAAUGAAGAUAUAAAUCAAAAGGUUAAACACUACUCAGACAAACUCCCUGGGAAGCUACAAGAUUUGCAAACCCAACUCUCACAUUCAAUCUUCAUUAACUUGGAUAAUUACAAUUUCUCCCAGAAAAUAAGAAAUUCCCCUGAAAACUUUGGGUUCAAAAAUAUUUUUGACUCGUGUGUCCAAGGAAGGAAACCUUGUGCAAAACGGAAUGAAUAUUAUUUUUUUGACUUUGCUCACCCAACUGAAGCUACAAAUAAAAUAUAUGCAAACGAAUGUUUUAGUGGAACCCAAUUAUGCCUUCCUUACAAUAUUUCGAAGUUGAUUCAUGCACAUUAA